UUGAAGGCACCAAUCCUCUUCAGGACAACUCCCAGCAGUUUCCUGUAGUGUCCUCCCUGCGUUCUUCUCAUCUCAGCAUCCAUCCACCAUGUCAGUCUCUGUUCGCAUGACAACCUCUACAGUUCCCAGGACCAUGACCUCCAAGUCCAUUAUCACCAAGACCCGGAGCAGUUCGGCGGCCUUUCCGCAGAAAGCCCACAGCGUGUAUGGAGGUAGUCUAAGAGGUAGCACCCGCAUCUCUACUUACAGAGUUGGAGGUGGUGGAGGAUAUGGUGGAGGACACGGUUUUGGUGGAGGAUACGGAGGAGGAUACGGUGGAGGACAUGGUGGAGGAUUCAGCACUGGAAUCUUGGUUGGAGGUGACAGUGACUUGAUGCAGCUGAAUGAGAAGGCCACCAUGCAGAACCUGAACGACCGUCUGGCGUCCUACCUGGAGAAAGUGCGCUCACUGGAGGCUGCCAAUGCCACUUUGGAGAGGCAGAUCCGCGAGUACUAUGAGAAGAAAGGGCCGAUUGCACAGAGGGACUACAGCCACUACUGGAACACCAUCAAGGACCUGAAGGACAAGAUUAAAAAUGCUACCAUCCACAACGCCAACAUCCUCCUGCAGAUUGACAACUCUAAACUGGCUGCUGAUGACUUCAGGAUAAAAUAUGAGCAUGAACUGGUAAUGCGGCAGUCUGUGGAGGCCGACAUCGCUAACCUGCGCCGCUUGCUGGACCAGACGACCCUGACAAAGGCCGACCUGCAGAUGCAGAUUGAGAGUCUGCAGGAUGAGCUGGCGUUUAUGAAGAAGAACCACCAGGAGGACUUGGCUGCACUGAGGUCACAGCUGACAGGCACAGUGAACGUAGAGGUUGAUGCUGCUCCUCAGCAAGACCUGAACAAGGUUCUGGAGGAGGUUCGUGCUCAUUAUGAGAACAUCAUUCAGAAACACCGCAGGGAACAGGAAGACUGGUUUAAAGACAAGACGGCAGGUUUGAACAAAGAAGUGGCCAUCAGCACAGAGACCAUACAAACAACCAAGACACAGAUCACAGAUCUACGACGCACCUUGCAGGGUCUGGAGAUCGAACUACAGUCUCAACUCAGCAUGAAAGCGGCACUGGAAAACUCACUGGCAGACACAGAGGCUAGGUACAGCGCUAUGCUAGCAGGCUACCAGAACCAAAUCAACAUGCUGGAAGCUGAGCUAAGUCAAGUGCGGGCUAGCAUUGAGCAACAGGGGCGAGAAUACGCCUUGUUGCUGGACAUCAAGACUCGUCUGGAGCAGGAGAUCGCCACCUACAGGAGCCUCCUGGAAAAUCAAGACAUUAAGACUCAAAUGCCAGGUGCAACUGUCACCAUCACCACAGGUGGAACAACAACAAUCCAGAAGACACAGCAUAGAUUCUAAAUGCAGAGCACACUGCUUUAUGAGACAACAUCUGGACACACACAUACAUUUGGUUUUGAAAGUUUACUGAAGUAAUAUUGAGAAAAAGUGUUACCAAAAGAAAAACAGAUGAUGAUACUCAUUUAUGUGUGAUAAAUUCUAAAGUCUCUGAAAAUAAAGCUGCUGUCAUGCUGUCUUUAUCUGAA